AUGUUGACCACUGAACACCCAAGUACCAAGACCGAAAUUAGACGUGCUAUAAAGAAAGUAAAGGCUGAGAGUGCUAUAAUUGAAAAGAUUAUUUAUGCUUUAAAAGAAACUGUUGUUUUAAGUGAUGAGGUGUUAGAAGGAACAGACGUAGACACUGUAAUAGAAAAUUUAGACAAAGAAUUAUGUGACAUUAUGGACUUAGUUGACACUACUAUAAAAUAUGCCAAUGACCACAUUAAGGAACGACUUGUCAAUGGUGAAGAUGAAUCGGAAGUAUCCACAAUCGCGUCAAGUAAAAUAUCUGUAAAUUCAAUGGCAACAAAGUCAUCCCAUACAAAGUCAUCCCAUGCAAAGUCAUCCCAUGCAAAGUCAUCCCAUGUAACCCCCCCUAAGUCAGUAGAAAAAUCUGUUGUUGAGACACAGCAACAAGAAGUGAAAGAUGCGAAUGAUAGGCUAAAGCAGCUUGAAAAAGAUCAGCAAGCAUUAGAGCAAGAACUACAGAAAAAAUGUGAGACUUUUGAACUCAAUAAAGAAAGAAUAAAGGAUGCACGUUCGAUAGUAUUUUUGAAUGAAGCACGAGCUAAAGCCACUGAACGGUUUGGCAAAGUGACUGAAGAUGUUACUGUAUUACCU